AUGGCAGAUGUUCCACCCCCGAAUCUCGCUACUGUGUUGGCAGAUCUCCAGCACAACCUAGCCAUCAUGCAGCAAAGGGCCAACCAGGCCGAUGCCUCCAUGGCCAAUCUUCACACCAUAAUCGAAGAGCGACUUCCUCUUGUAGCAAGAGGGGAAGGCGGUGAAAGGCGAGAGCGGGAAAUCAUUGCCGAAGAGGUCCUUCUGGUCGAAAAUCCUGCUCCAAGCCCAGAAAUGGCUGAGUUGAUCGCCAAGAUGGCAAAACUGGAAGAAACAAUCUCUAAAUCCGAAAGGAAAGGAGUAGGAGGGCUGGACAUGGAUCGCCUUUGCCCAUUCCCGAAUGCAAGGUUGCCCGAACGAUUUAAGAUGCCCGACUUCGCAAAGUUCAACGGGACCGGAGAUCUGAAAACUCACUUGCUGGCUUAUCAUGGUGCAAUGAAACUACACGGUGUCGAGGAAGAUGCGAUGGCUCAACUGUUCCCGCAGACUCCCGCCGAUCCCGCUUUCCAAUGGUUCUUAUCACGCGACAUUGCCAAAAGAAGAACGUGGGAAGAUAUUGGCACUGCCUUCAACGCUCAGUAUAGUUAUAAUGCCCAGCUCAAGAUGACCACCCGGGAAUUGGAAUCAACUAAGAUGAGUGCAAAGGAGUCUUUUGCGGACUUUAUCCAGAGAUGGAGGGCCAAUGCAGCUCUCAUGACCGAUCGCCCGAGCGAAAAGGACCAAAUCCACAUCAUUUCCCGCAACCUGCAGGCGGACUUUGCCAAAAACCUUGUAUUGGUUCAGGGGCCGAACUUCGAAACCUUUUAUGAUUCCGGCCUAGCCAUCGAAGAAGCUCUCCAAAUGGGUGUUCUACCCAUAAGUGACACCUCCCCCUCUACCUCAACCUCAAAGUCGAAAACCCCGUGCGUACACCGGAAAUAG